CAGAGGUGAGGGAGUGGCUACCUGCCACCUUCUGCUCGGCUCGCGGUGAGAGAGGGGAACUGUCAGGCCCGCUGUCUCUGUCUGGACAUACACUUUCAAUCCAGUUUUUAAUUCUUGGGGGAGAUCAGUCAGGAUCAGGAUGAUUUGGAUAUGAUGACACCAAGCCAACCUUGAAGAUGUAUGAGGUGAUGUCCGGCGACACCCUGGCCUGGAAGGCGUCCAGCCCCAGAGAAAGCCUCGCAAAAUCCAGUCCCGACGCCCACUCCGCCGAGGACGAAGGGCCCGUCAAAAUCAUCAAAGUGUGCUUCUGCACCAACAACAACCUGGGCAGGAACUUCAAGCUGGUGAAAUGUGACAGCUCCUGGCAAAUCAGGGCCAUCAUUCGUUCGAUUCUGAUCAGCGGGCGACUGGGGCCGAACAUCGAGCACACGGGAUGCUACGGCCUCCUGCUGAAGCACCUGAAGUCGGACGAGAUUCACUGGCUGCACCCAGAUUUAACAGUCAGGGAGGUGGAGCAGCGCUACGAGAGCCACCAUGUGGAAGCUGAGUGGAGGUAUGACCUUCGCCUCCGAUACGUUCCUGUCAAUUUUCUGGAAAAUUUAAAAGAUGACAGGUCUACAUUUAUGUACUUUUACCAACAGGUUCGUAGUGAUUACAUGCAGUAUCACGCCAGCAAGGUCAGCGACGGGAUGGCGCUGCAGCUCGGCUGCUUGGAGAUCAGGAGGUUUUAUAAAGACAUGAAUGCUAAAGGGCUAGAAAAGAAAUCCAACUUUGAGCUGCUAGAAAAAGAAGUAGGUCUGGACCUUUUCUUUCCUCCGCAGCUGAUUAACAGCAUGAAGUCUAGGCAGCUCCGGAAGUUGAUCCAGCAGACGUUUCAGCAGUUCGCCACGCUCAAAGAGGACGACUGCAUGGUCAAGUUCUUCGAGACCCUCCGGGAAUUCGUCAGCUACGACGAAGAAGUGUUCCCCUGUGAAUUGGUGCAAGGUUGGAGUCUGUCGGUGGAGCUGGUCAUCGGUGGCAGAGGCAUCCGCCAGCGCACACAGAAGGAUUCAGCAGCCGUGUUCCUCGCCGAUUUCAAACAGAUCAGAAAAAUUGAAUGUUUACCGCAGAGCGACGGCAAAGCCCUCCUGAAUCUCACCAUAGAGGGUGCGAGACAGUGUCUGUCGAUCAAUGUAAAAACAAUCCCAAUGGCAGAAAACAUGAUGGAUCUCAUCGAUGGCUACUGUCGCUUGGAAAAUAACUCAGAUGAGAGUGUCAUCUCCCGACCAAACACAGAUGCCAAUGCACGAAGUUCCCUCCCCGAGAUUCCGACAAGCAGAGACACCAGCUCGCUCAGGCUCAGCAUGGGUUCAGAUAUCUACUGUGAGAUCCUCGAUGAGAGGCCAGCUCCAGUUGUGAAGUACGGCAUCGACCGGAAUGACAUUGUUCUUGGACGAAUCCUUGGUUCGGGGUUUUUCGGGGAAGUCUACGAAGGAGUCUAUAAACAAGCCGACGGGGAAAGAGUCAACGUGGCAGUGAAAACAUGCAAAGACUGCUCACCUGACGUGAUGGAAAAAUUCAUGAGUGAAGCAGUAAUUAUGAAGAACCUGGACCAUCCGCACAUCGUCAAGCUGAUCGGGAUCAUCGAGGAUGACCCGGUGUGGAUCGUCAUGGAGCUUUAUCAGUACGGAGAGCUCGGGAACUACCUGACAAAGAACCAGAACCAGCUGACAAACACAACUCUGGUGCUGUUCAGCGUGCAGAUCUGCAAGGCUCUGGUCUACCUCGAAGGGGUCAACAUGGUGCACAGAGACAUUGCAGUUAGGAACGUGUUGGUUGCAAGUCCAGAGUGCGUGAAGCUCGGAGAUUUUGGUCUGUCGAGAUACAUAGAAGACGAAGAAUACUACAAAGCUUCUGUUACUCGGUUGCCAAUCAAGUGGAUGGCUCCGGAAUCCAUCAACUUCAGACGGUUCACCUCGGCCAGUGACGUCUGGAUGUUUGCUGUGUGUGUGUGGGAGAUAAUGAGCCGUGGGCAGCAGCCAUUCUUCUGGCUGGAGAACAGAGACGUAAUCAACCAGCUGGAACAGGGCAUCCGACUGCCCAAGCCGGACAACUGCCCCCCGGCGCUCUACUCCCUCAUGACCCGCUGCUGGUCCUACGACCCCAGAGAGAGACCCACCUUCACCGAGCUGGUGGUCAAAAUCAGCGACGUGCACAAGAUGGAGAAGGAACAGGAAGUGGAGCGGGAGCGAGACAGAGCGCGCUCCACCAAAUUCUUCGAGCCCAAAUUCAACUUUAACGAACCUCCUCCUAAGCCUUCAAGAAUGAAACCGGGGCGGUUCGGAAACACGCUCAGCAUUGGGCUGCACAUCCAGCUGAACGAGGCUCUGUGUGCCAGCUCGCCCGACCUGGCCAGUCCCAGUGAAUACCAGUCCCCCGUGGACUCCGUGAACACGCUCACCCUGCCCAUCCGAUCGCCCCGCCGUCGCAGCAUGGGGGAGAGCGAGUUUCCCCGGCUGGAGAGCAACAGCAGGGAGGACGCCCAGCGCAUGUGGCAGAGGGAGAGACACCACAUGCAGGACACUCUCCGCAGGCAGAAAGAGCAGAUGAUGGAGGAUGAGAAGUGGCUGGAGAAGAAGGAGAGACUCUUGGUGGGAAACAGAGCGUCGUUAGCUGUAGUCGAGCCUCUCACUGUGUCUCUCUGUCCGUCUGCUACCGGGUUCAAUGCCGCCCUGAACCUCACGUGGAACCAGACGCCAGUUAACGCCGGCCCGGUUGUUCAUCGUCGACGCCCCACUAGUCUGAAAUUGAAUGUUCCCCUGGAAACAAUUCCCAAGAGGGGCUCCAUGUGUAUAGUCUAUAAAAUGAACCUGCCUGUUCUUUUCCAGGACCCCAUGGGACCAGAGGACUCUGCCAGUCCAGAGUCCGCUGAAGCUCCCAAUGAGAACGGGCCACCCGAGAAGCCCCCGAGGCUUGGAGCAAAGCCGGCUCCCACGGCGGAGCUGGACCGCUCCGGGGACAAAGUGUACCACUGCGUCAUGGACCUGGUCAAGGUGGUCGUCCAGCUGAAGAACGACAUCACCGAGCUGCAGCCCGAUAACUACAUCUCCAUCGUCAAGUCUGUUGGGAUGGCCCUAAGAGACCUGAUUCGCAGUGUGGACGACAUUCUGCCCACGUUACACGAGUCUAUCAGGACCGAGAUCGAAGGCACCCAGAAGCUGCUGAAUAACGACAUGGCGGAGCUGAUCAGCAAAAUGCGGCUCGCCCAGCAGAACGCCAUCACCUCUCUGAAGGAGGAGUGUAAGAAACAGAUGCUCGCCGCGGCGCACACCCUGGCCAUGGACAGCAAGAACAUGCUGGACGCUGUGGACCAAGCCAGAGUCAGGUCCAACCUCGCCAAGCCGGUCGCUCCCCAGUAAAGUUCAGACUGUCGUCGAACUCUCCGUCAACCAGAAACCACGUUUGCACAUGUUCCGUUCGUUGUGUAUAAAGUAAGCAACUACUGGCGAGUAAAUAAAUCUUUAGCUGAAAUCUGCUGCAGCAGCUCGGCUGAAGCGUCUGUGAAUGUUAAAAUGUACAGCUGGUCCCUCGACGGUCUUCUGACUUCAUAUUCAGGAUGUUGUGAUAAAGCUCAAAUGUAAACUGUUGUUUGUGGUUGGUGUUACUGACUUCAUUAUUUGCUCAGAAAGUGAAUUACCUUAAGGCUCAGAAAUGGCAAAGCUGUGCAAACUGCUGCCCUGGAAAAUAUUAGUAAACAAAGCCAGUCAACACUUUUUUUUUUUUUUUAAUUUGCAUGAACCGACUGCAUUUGAUCCAUGUCGUUAAAUAGUUAUUUGGAGAAAUUAGCAGAUGAAUUGUUAUAUUGAUGUUUUACUCCACUCAUUUUAAGUCCUUUUCAUAUUUCUCACUGUUUUUUUGAGAGGACUUUAUGAUCAAGAAAAAUGAAUAUUGUAAAGUAUUGCUCCAUCUUCAAUACAGCGUUAUGCCACUGGAACUGAUCUCAGCAGACUGAAGGUGAAGGCAGGAUACACCCCGGACGGGUGUGAACAGGUCGUUUUUUGUUUUUUUUUAAAUAUACUUUAGAUGUGAAUUUAUUGUAACUGUGGUGGAAAUUAAUUAAUGUUCUCAGCUUUUGUGCAUAAGUGUAACAGUUACAACGGGUCCAGACCAAAUAUAGAGACUUUUCUGAUAUUGCAACAAUGUGAAAAACAUGAGGGAGUCCAGUAUUUACCAAGAAAUUGCAAAGUGGUGUGAGAGUUUGGGGCGCAGUUCUGCCUUUUUGACUGGCAGGCUUCUGCUCCUUUCUUGAUUUGGUUUUCUGCAGGAUUGAAAAAUAAGUAAAGAGUCACAUGAAGACCCCACUGUACUGCAUGUCCUCACAAACAGCAAAAUAUGUGUUUUCAUGAGCCCGCAUAAUGAAUCUGUGACCCCAUCAGCAAGUAUACCCGUGUUCACUCUAUCUUAUGUAUGCUCUUUCAAUAAAGCAUAACACAUGUGGAAUAUUUAAAAUAUGAAGAUGUGUUCAACCUUUUCUCUCAAUUUGAUAACUUUCAUUAGUCCAAGAAGAAAAGCACUCCAGUUCUCAUUUGCUACAGUUCAGCAUGAAGGCAUUAUUGCUGUAAUAACGCGAACAUAUGCAUUUGUGACAUUUCCUGCUGGAUGACAAAAAAAAAAAAAAAAAAAACCUAGAUUGACAAGAAAUUCAA